GACAACUACGUCCAAGCCCAUAUCAAAUGGUUGACGUGCUACUCGGUACUUCCGCAGCUGACAGCUUUCCUUAAAGGCUUCCAUUCAGCCGGUCUGUUCGAGCCUCUCACCCUGCAACUUUUUGGCAUGAAAGCGCUCAAAGCAUACGUGGAAGGCUCCGAUACUCUGGACAUUAACGACCUCCGCGCCGCCACACGCUACGAUGGCUACGACGCAAAGUCGAGAUACAUCACCUCUUUCUGGGAUGUCGUCACUUCUUGGUCGCAGGAGAAGCAGAAGCAGCUGCUCAAAUUCGUCACUGCUGCUGAGCGCAUUCCAAUCACUGGUGCUUCGCAGUUGACGUUUGUGAUCAAGAGGGGCCAUCCGGAGAGUCUGAAUAAUCUGCCCACAAGCUCGACUUGCUUUGGAACACUCAUUUUGCCAAAGUAUGCAAGUGUGGAGACGUUGAAGGAAAAAUUGAGCAAGGCUGUUGAGUAUGGUGCAGUUGGUUUCGGGAAUGGGUGAAGUUUUGAACCACACUGGUGGCUGCUAUCCUUUGUUCAAUUAUGUGCAUCAUACGCUAAGCAUUACUCCUAUCGUUCAUACCAGUCGAAUUAAAGCUAUGCACAUGA